AUGGGUCUCAGGGGGAGGAGCAGGAGCUACAGAGGGUGCGUGCAGCAGCUGACGCCCCUCAUGGAAGGGCCCGAUCCAGAGGAGCAAGGAGAAUGUGGGAAGAAGGAGAGCUCGUGGGAUUCAAUCCGAGCUUGGGUGCGGACGCACAUGGAUAGAAGCGGCACAGCACCAUUCAGCGGCCGUUUCCCCGCGUCUUGCAGCACCAGCUCUUCCAAGAAGGUGGAUCUACAGCUUACCCUCGGCGUCCUCGGCUGCCCCCUCGCUCCGAUUCCGUUACCUGAGGAACCAGUACAUCGUCAUCUCUCCCUCGAAGGGACCUCACUGGUAUCUUACCUUCCUGUAGCCCUUCGUCUUCCACUUUCUUUCACUGAUGCAUGACAAGGGUAGGCAAUAUUCUCGCUCCAACUGUGAAUAAUUUCUUGUCAGGAGGUCUCUUCAGCAGGCUACAUCAUACAGCAGUAUCUGGCAGCGACGGGUUGCCUGAAGCUGCGGAGGAGCCCGAAGAAUGUGUACACAGCAGGCACCGUGAAGAUGUCCUGCUGGGAGAUGGAGACGAGCUCCCGCCGUAUGCACGCGAGGAACGCGCCAGCGCGGCUGGCUGGGGAGGGCGGUGGGUGCUUCGUUCUGUGGCAGAUGUCGCCAGCGAUGUGGUCGGUGGAGCUGGUCGUCGCCGGCUGCAAGGUCGUCGCCGGGAGCAACGGCAAGAUCGUCUGGCGCCACUUGCCCUGGCUCGGCUCCCACGCCGCAAGGGGCCCUCUCCGGCCCCUCCGCCGCAUCAUUCAGGUAAAGAGAAACGCUAGACCAGCGGUCAAACAUCCCCUCCAUUAACGAGGCAUUUUUCUGGGGAAGCUCACCGCUGUUGAGCAGAGCAGGCGGCCUUCAGGGUGAGGAAUGAAGUGGUCUAGAUUGAUUCAGGAAUCUUGUGAUUCGGUCAGACAGACGGUCUUCAUAGACUGGGAACAGGGCAACGCAGUUCCAGAAUCUUAGUAUAUAUAUGAUCUCCAGCUUUUUCCUGGCCUUGACCGACGAACGGAUGGAUGAUGCUAUCAAUAUAUCUUUCCUUCCGAAAGCAAGAUGAAUACUUUGCUUUUGCUUUUCUUUCCGCGCAGGGCUUGGAUCCCAAGAGCACGGCCGGCAUGUUCGUGGAGGCGCAGUGCGUCGGCGAGAAGCGGAGGGGCGGCGACGACUGCUUCGUGCUGAAGGCGGCUGCGGACCCCGCGGCGGUGGCGAGGCGGAGCGAGGGGCCGGCGGAGGUGAUCCGGCACGUCCUCUACGGCUACUUCAGCCAGAAGAGCGGCCUCCUCGUCUGCAUGGAGGACUCGCAUCUCGCGCGGGUGAAGACGACCGAUAGGGACGCCCCCCUCUACUGGGAGACGACCAUCGAGAGCACCAUCGACGACUACAGAGAGGUCGACGGCGUGCUGGUGGCGCACCGUGGCCGCUCGGUGGCUACCAUCUUCCGCUUCGGCGAGGGGGCCUCGCGCCACACCCGCACGCGGAUGGAGGAAUUGUGGAGGAUUGAUGACGUGGCCUUCGACGUCCCCGGCCUCUCCGGGGACUAUUUCAUCCCCCCGGAGGAGAUUCUCGUCUCUUUGAAUAACUCCUUGUGA